UGCGCGUGCAGGACGGUCGCACUCGGCGCCUGGUUCGUAUGAGUUCUACUUGGACAGGAAGAGGUCGCUUGAUAUCACACUCCCAGCAGUAGAUGAACUGGAGGUCUGCGGGGAGGACAGAUGAUGUGACGGCCUAUCACUUGGUGCAGUGCAGAAGGAAAUCAUCAUCAUGAUGUGCUUGUUACAAUUUCUAAAAUGAUAUAAAUGUAAAGAACAUGAUAAACUUAAAAACUCUCUAAAAACUUACCUCGUUGUUGUUGGUUUCUCAUUAACUUCCUAAGAUCAUUUAUUGAAUACAUAUAACAGGAUGCAAAACUGUAUCCUUUAAUGCAAUAAAAUGUGUAUCUGCUGUUUUAAGUGAGAGAAAGCUGUGCCAACACAAUAAAGCGUAGCUGCUCUAGUAAUGCAUAAAUAGAGAAGAGAUUUUGCAAGGGGACAAAGACAGUUAAAAGUGAGUAAUGAAGAUAAUGCAUGCAGCGGUGCUAGAAAAGGCAGGCAAGGCAAUUGUUGGUUAUGUUUUGAAGAGAUGUUUUGGCUAAGAUGUCUUACACUGCCAGAAAACUGAAAUAGUGUAGACUGAGCACUUAGAGAGUUUAAUGUUAUUUUUGAAUCAGUAUGUAAGAGUUUUGAAGUGUUUUUGUCUUGGCUAAAGUCUGCUACAAUUUAUAUUUAUUACCCCACCAACAGGAGAAUAAUGGUUGAUUAAUUUUCUUGCAUUAGAUUUCAGGAUGUAGCUAAACAGUGAUAUUCUUUACUUUAUGUUCUAAUAAAGUAAAUCAAGUAAAUAUUCCAGCAAGAAAAAUAGAAAACAUUAGUUUUCAUUGGCUUGAUGGAAAAUCUUGCAUAUGUGCACAGUAAAUUUAAUAGUUUUAUAUGAAGGUAACUAAUAACUACUGUCAUCUGUGAUGUUUGGUAGCCUCUCCCAGUCUUUUUGACAAUCUUAUGAUCUGAUAGAAUUGCUGCAGAUCGCUUUUAUUUUUAAUUUAUGUGAUUACACAAUUUGUGCUAAUAUAAAAAAACAUCCAGUUGCUAUAAGUUGUUUUAUUCAUAGGGGCUUUUAUGUAAAGAUUAGGUCCCGUUGUACAAGGAGGUAGAAGUACUACGUUUGUUUUCAUUUUUAUGGGGGUUUGUAUACAUAAGCAACAUUUUUUUUUCUUUUUUUUAGAUAUAGAUCAGAGCUUUUUGACUGUUGUUUAAUGCAUUGGGACUUGGUUUGAAUUCUGGUUCAUGCUAGGUCACAACUCAAUGUCUUUGGGCUGUUCUGCUGCCAUCCGGGUCAAUAACAGUUUCUGAAAGGCCUAUUCCAUAAGGUGUACUGGGGUUAAAAAAUAAGAGCAUCCAUGUACGGGAGGAAAUGACAAGAAUUAGUUAUUGGUUCAUCCAGACUAACCUGUCAUGUGAGGCUGGGCUGUGAGUGUUAAACAUCGUUGAAGCAUCUGAAAAGUGCUGUUCACUGACAAGACGUUUAUUUCUAGAAUGUUAUUAAUGCAUAAUUUCUUAUUACUUGAACCAUUGCAUUUUUGAUGUUGUGCUAGAUUUAAAUACAGUAAUAUAACUCAGUGAUAUAUAAGUACACUGUUUUGCUUAAUAUUAAUACAAUGCCAUAGAGACUGGCUGUGCAAAGUCUCCGUUAAUUAUUCUGUGAUUUUCUGACUAGCAUAUUUAGGUCAAUAUUUCAGUGUUCCAUAAACUGUAGACUACUCUGGGACAAGUUCCCAUUGAUGGCACAUCAUGGCAGUAAUCAUAAUGAUGUACUAUUGGUAUUUGGUAAAAUCAUACAUAAUGUUGAAGUCUUUUGCAUGAGCUGUUACCUUUUAAAGAUGUUUAAGACUUGAAGUAUCCUAACUAACUAUUCAUAUUAAACAAAAUAUUUGCCUCACUGAUAUGCCAGUGUGAGGAGGCAGAGAGUGGACUGCAGGUUUGGCUCAGUGUUUGUCUCGUGGUACAAGAUACAGUUCCCAGCAUGCAAAGUAAAACAAGCCUCCCUGUGAACUGAUUUCACUUCUAUGCAAAAAAUGAACAUUUUAAAGGAGUUUAGCAUCAAGUGUCUGUGUACUAAUUUUUUUCUUGUUAUUAUACAGUUUGAUUGUUUUUAUUUCAAAAUCAAAUUUCAGAUUACCUUCUGUUCAUUGUAACCUAUUAAAUUGAAUCAUCUGAUGAAUUUAAAUAAAAGACUUCAAAUGUCUUUGGAAAGGCAAUAAAUUUGGUCGUAGAAAGUAAGUUGAACAGUUGAUUGUUCUACAUGUUGUGUCCUCUGUGUUACAGUGUAGUUCAUAUAUGCAACUUGUCAAUUUAUAAAUCACAUGUCUAUUAUUAAUGCAUUUAUAACUGAUACACAUGUUAGACAUCUUUUUUCUUACAUAAUGAAUCAGUUUUCUUUAUUUGGAUUUCCAUUGUAGAAAUAGGGUUAGUGAAUGGCUUUAAUCAAUUUAAAAUAUGAUAAUUGGUUUGUAUACAAUGUUAUUUUCUGUCUUGUAAUUGCUAUCUUCAGUGGUUGACACACGUCAGAUGCUAAAGUAUAGAUGUCAUGAGUUAAUCCUCCCAUCCCCCCCAAAAAUUAAUAUAAUGAUCUUGAGCUUCUUCCAGAGCGGCAGGUGUCUACCACUGACUGUUAAUUAAUUCUGGUCAAGUGGAUAUCCUUCUUUGAAUCAGAUUGUGUUUCCGCAAUGGUAUAGUUUGUUUCAGAGAGAUAAAGGAAUUGUUAUUUUCAGCAAGUGCUUUUAUAGUUUAAUGCUCAAUAUGAAAAAAUACACAUUUUUUUUUUCUGAUGAUGUUAAAAUACUUAAUUUUACAUUGGUGAACUUUUAAACUUUAGCACAAAUGAAUAAUUAAUAAAGAUUGAGCUCCAUUACACCCACAAAAAUUACUUUCUCCCAGGCUGUCUUUGUGUUGCCAAACAUCCUGUACCUUUGGCAAGGAAACCUUUUUAGAAAAAAGCUCAUUGUGAAUGAUUAAUCUCCAAGGAGGAUUUCCACACAGCAAUACUUGUGACAGGGAAUAAAAAGGCAGAAAAACACUGUUAUAUACCUAAAGCUGGUGGUUCAGUUCAGGUGAUUUGCUGUACCUAUAUAAUGAGCCUACUUAUAUAGUACAGAGUUACUUUUGUCAACUUUCCAUUCAUGAGUUACAAUGUGUUAUUCUAUGCAAAAUGUGAAUGAUUUCUGUAGUAGUAAUGGCUGAGUAUGCUGCAUACCUUAUUACAGGCUCUUUUUAUAAGACUCUCUCUUUCUCUCUCUCUUCUGCAACUGUAAAGUAUGUACAUACCAAUUAGCUGAAUACCAUGUAGGAAUAACAUGUUUAUCUGGAUGAUAAACAAGAAUUAAUUGAUGAAAACAAAAUAUUUUUACUAUCCAACCAAAUUGAUAUUCAUGAUGCAACCUAUUUUCAAGAUAAAACUUGUUGUUUCAAUGCUUGAUGACAAUAUUAAUACAUUGCACCAUUAAAUUAGUGUUUAAUGAACAAAUUUUGCAAUACAUAACAGGGUUUCUAUUAAUAUACAGAUAUAAAUUUACUGAAUACAGUUUAUUACAAUCCCUUGAAACAAGGUCUUGCAUUGAGUUUUAAAAUAUAUAAAUUCCAAAAUGUAUAAGUAGUAGAGUUGCUGCCAAUGACCAAAGCUUCACCAAGUUAACCUGAAUGAUUAUGGCCUGAGGAUAGGGGAAAACAUGAUGAGAAGAAGAGACUUUUGUGAUUUCAGGAAAAAAAAAACUUUUAAUAAUAAUGAAUGAAUCAUUUGCCUGUUUUGUAUGGUCUAAGUAAUGAAAUCCGUAGAUAAAUCAAUAAGGAAAAAUAUGUAAUUUAUAUUACUGGUCUUUAUAUUCCCUAAAUCCAUAGAUUUUGAUUUCAGAAUUUCACAUUUUGAAAUGUCCAUGGUGACAGUUUCAGAAUUUUUCCAAGUUACUGCAGGGAAGCUGUUUGGAUACAGCUAAAUUCAUACAUCACUUAGCUUUUGGUAGUUAAAAAGAGAGUAAAAAAGACAAAUGUUUGGUAUGCACAGAAUGGAUGUAGAAGCUGGCAGGACAGAAUGAAAGGUGUUAAAAUGCUGGAAGUUAGAAAAUAGAACUCUGUACUUACCAAGAUACUGGGCUUUACAAGAGAAAAUCCCACUUCUUGUUUACUGCAUGGAAUGUCCUACUGCACAUUUGUCAUAUGAAUAUUAUACAGAAUUUUAUGCAUUGAUGCAAAUUUCCAGUUUCAAUGUGUCCUGUACAUAAUAAAAAAAAAAAACUUUUUCUGUGUAACAUUUCAUAUCUGUUGGAAUUUCUAUUUUUAGACUGCAUCACUUUCUAUUAUCUAAGUGUUACCCAGUGACGUCCAGAUUAUUAUUUGUAUCCGGACGCCCUGAGGAUCUUUGCUAUUCUAUUAUUGUAUCUUGAAGGUACGAGAAAGUUCAUGUUUGUGACUUAUAACUUAUUAUGUACACUUCAAAUAAAUCAACAUUUGAAGAAUUCCAAUGUUCUUUUAUUUUACACUUUGGUCACUUUUUUUUUCAAGUGAAAAUACAAGUCAGCUCAAAGAAAUUCAAUUUGUAGUAACUUUAAAAACACAAAUCUGAAACACAAUUUACAUAAGAUCUAAAUCCUUAUUACUAUAAAUGCAAAAUUAUAAAAAUAGUCUGGCAAACAUUUUCUUUCUUUCUAGCUGACACAACCCUCUUGUAAUUAAAAAGAAAGAAAAAAAUAUCCAACCUUGAAUUAUAUUUCUUUCAAUCUUAUAUAUAGCCGCUUAACUGCUAAAGGACAUUUAAAUUUUUUUAUCUUCAGAUAUAUGUGCAGACUGAAUACCCCCCCCC